AUGGAUAAUGAAUUUAAUGUGACAUAUAUAACUUUUGGUGGGCAUGUGGAAGUGCACAGAUAUGGACUUCUGUAUUUUGUGAUCAUGUUUACAGCAUUUAUUCUAAUAAUCUGCAGUAAUUCUACUAUUGUGUGCCUCAUAGUGAUUCACAAAAACCUCCAUGAGCCUAUGUACAUUUUUAUUGCAGCUUUAUUGAUCAACUCUGUUCUUUACAGCACUGCUAUCUACCCAAAGCUUCUGAUUGACUUUUUGUCUGAGAAACAGAUCAUAUCGUAUUCCGCCUGCCUCUUCCAGUGGUUUAUAUAUUACACUCUGGCUGGUUCAGAGUUCUUCCUGUUGUCAGCCAUGGCCUACGACAGAUAUGUGUCUAUAUGUAAACCUCUGCAAUAUCCAGCCAUCAUGAGUAAAAACACUGUUAAAAUCCUCCUGAUUUCAGCUUGGGUUGUGCCUGCUUUACAGAUGUCAGUGCCAAUGCCACCGAGUGCCAAUAAAAAACUCUGUAGCUUUACUUUGAAAGGAAUCAUUUGCAACAGCACGGUUCACAAACUUCACUGUGUGAGCUCACAAGCACUGAAUAUAUAUGGCUUGAUUGUGUUAGUAGAUGUGGUAAUCUUCCCUUUGCUCUUCAUAGUUUUUACAUACACAAAGAUAUUUAUAAUAACCUAUCGAAGCAGCAGAGAAGUCAGGAGCAAAGCUGCACAGACCUGUUUUCCUCACCUGCUGGUUCUAAUCAGCUUCUCUUGUUUGAUUACGUAUGAUGUUAUUAUAGCUCGACUGGACACUGAUUUUCCCAAAACUAUACUUUUGAUUUUGAGUUUACAAAUUAUUUUGUAUCAUCCUCUCUUUAAUCCGAUCAUCUACGGACUGAAAAUGAAAGAAAUUUAUAAACACCUGAGUGGAUUGUUCUGGAAAACUGUGUAA